GCAACGAAGGAAGCUCCUUUCGCUUCGUGCUCCUCCUCUUCUGCCUCGCUGCGCAGCCUUGCUGCUGUGCGACAGCCUCCUCCUACUCUUUUACCCUUCUUCCUCCUGCUCCUCUCCCCUCUCUGCCGGCCAUGGCUGUUCCCAAGAAGGUGGCUCCCGUGAAGGGGAAGAAGAAGGCCCAGACCUUCACCAUUGACUGUGGCAAGCCUGUCGAGGACAAGAUCAUGGACAUCGCCUCCUUCGAGAAGUUCCUCAACGACCGCAUCAAGGUCGACGGCAAGGCUGGCGUGCUCGGCAGCGCUGUCUCCAUCUCCCGCGAGAAGAAUAAGAUCAGCGUCUCCUCCGAGAGCUCCUUCUCCAAGAGGUACUUGAAAUAUUUGACGAAGAAGUACUUGAAGAAGCACAAUGUGAGGGACUGGCUCCGGGUGAUUGCAUCCAACAAGGACAGGAAUGUGUACGAAUUGCGGUACUUCAACAUCGCAGACCAGGAUGCCGAGGAAGAGGAUUGAGGCACUAGUUUUUUCCGGGUUGUGGGGGGCGAGGAAGUGUAGGAUUAGGGCUCUGUGGCGCGUUGUCUUACUGCUCAUAUGCAUCAUGUUCAAUACACUUUUUGUCUCGCCACGCUGCAACUGCCACCGUCUACAGGUUGCGGGCUUUCAGAUGGGAGUGGAUUUGCUCUUGUGCUUACUUGGUACAGGAUUUGACAUUUGGGAACUUCAAAUUGGUUUGCCUGUAGAGCCGCAAUAUCACGAGCAUGGACGGCGUGAUCAAGGGUUUUUCGUGUUGUCUUUCAUGGGUAUAUUAUGCAUUAGUGAUGAUUCUGCAGUGUC